UAUUCUGGAGCAGAAAGGCUGUGGGUGUGUGUCCCUUUGGGCAGAGAACAGUCAGAGCAGAUUUUUUUUUAUUUUUUCAGGGAGGUGAAACAGAACAUAAGGAAGUAGCCGGUUGCUCAAUGAUUAUUGCUAAACAAUGAGCCAAAGGGAAACUUUGUGAGAUUUCUGUUCAAAGAUGAGUCCUGAAGGGUUUGGGUACUUAUUCAAAGACUCUUUCAGAGUGUCUGUGUUAGCGGCAGAAGAGAAGAAGUGGAACUAAAAAACGGUAAGACUGAGAAGAAGCAAGACCAGGGAGGAGCUGUUUUCUAACCUAAACCUUAUUGAGGACUGACUGAACAAAAUGGGAAAAUCUGCCUCAAAGCAAUUUUCGGAGGAGCUGCUGCGAUGCCAUAAUGAGUACAGGAAGAAGCACCAGGCUCCUGAACUGAAGCUGAGCAGCAAGCUGAGCACGGAAGCUGCCCGCUAUGCAGAAAGUUUGGCCAGUAUACGGAUCCUAAAACACAGUGAGGCCUCGGCUAGAGGAAGCUGUGGAGAAAACCUUGCAUGGGCCUCCUAUGACCAAACGGGUAAAGACGUGACAGAUCGCUGGUAUGAAGAAGUGAAGCAGUACAACUUCAGCCGUCCAGGAUUUACCACUGGCACUGGGCAUUUCACAGCAAUGGUGUGGAAGAACACCAAAAAGCUGGGUGUGGGCAAAGCCGUGGCAUCAGAUGGUUCUUCCUUUGUGGUGGCCAGAUAUUUCCCAGCAGGAAACAUCACCAACCAGGGACACUUUGAGAAUAAUGUUCUCCCAGCUAAAGCCAGCUCCUGAAGAGAAUAUUGAUCUCCUGAACUUGGCUUGGCCAUACGGCAGUUACUCAGGGGUUGGGGGUGGGGGUGGUUGACUGCCUGCCCACCUCCCAUGGGAUACAGCUGGGAAAUCUUAUCUCAGCAGAAAUCCAAGCGCCUCCCACAUAGGUUUUAUACUUUUUUCAUAACAUGCUCAAACCCUGUGCUUUUUUCAAGUUACUAGUAAAAUCUUCAUGUGAGUCAGAUCUUUUUAAUUCAGUCAAUUGUUUUGUUGCUUUUCAUCUAAGAAAAACUCUCGACAGUAUUUUAUUGUAACUUUUUAUGUGCAUUAAAUGUACUUUUUGUGUAAAAGUGUGUCAUAAGAAGAUAUAAAGCCGUUGCUGUGUUUUUACGCUAAUAAAACAUCCUUCAAACGUCUGGAUUAAUCUUU